GCCGCCGCCGCUGCGCAGGGAGCAGCUGCUCCCUGACACAUCCCCCCGCUGCCAUAUUGUGUCCGCGCUGCCGGCCGCACGGCUUCAUGACCGCGGGACACCAACCAAGGAGCGUGCUGCCUCAACAGCUCCAACCGCCACAGGUUUUCUGCUUGAGGAGCCUUCCCGUGUCCUCUGGGGAGCUCGGGAUGGAAGGCACCAGCAUUGCCAGCAGCUCUCUCAGUGUCAGGAUGUGCCAGUCCAACCAAUAAAGCUAAAUGGGUCCAGUCACUGGAAUGACUCCGGAUAAGAAAGCUGAAACGCCAGGAGCAGAAAAAGCUGCAGGACUACGGCAGUGUCACGGGAUGGGAAGCUUGCCCGACGCAGGCGAUGCCGGCAGGCCGAAGGCCACCGUGGUGGACAGAGAUUCGGCAGACGACGAGCUCACAAAUUUGAACUGGCUGCACGAAAGUACUAACCUUCUAACAAACUUCAGCCUCGGAAGUGAGGGUCUUCCGAUCGUUAGCCCCUUAUAUGACAUUGAGGGCGACAGUGUGCCAUCCUUCUCGCCAUCCUGCUACCAGAACCCCGAAAAAAAAUCCUCCACUUCCAAACCCCCUUACUCUUUCAGCCUUCUCAUUUACAUGGCGAUCGAGCAUUCCCCCAACAAGAGCUUGCCAGUCAAAGAAAUCUACAGCUGGAUCCUGGAGCGCUUCCCCUACUUCGCCACAGCACCCACCGGCUGGAAGAACUCGGUCCGACACAACCUCUCCUUGAACAAGUGUUUCCGAAAGGUGGAGAGAAGCCAUGGCAAGGUGAACGGAAAAGGCUCGUUAUGGUGUGUUGACCCAGAAUAUAAACCUAAUCUUGUCCAAGCACUGAAAAAGCAGCCUUUUCCCUCAGCACUUGCAUUUUAUACUCCGCCAGCGUCACCACCAAGGUCAGCGUCCCCUCACUACCUAACUUCAGUCCUUCAGCAGAAUCAUGGCCGAUCUCUCAAAGAAUCCGAUAUUGAUGCUGCUACUGCAAUGAUGCUGUUAAAUACUUCCAUUCAACAAGGGAUGUUGGACUGUGAGAAACCUCAGCCUCUGAAGACACCGAAGAAGAGGAGUUACGGCAGUGCGUUCAAUCCUCCCAGUUCCAUAAAUUUGCAGGAAAGUGAUUCCGCGGCCACCAAUAUCGAUCCGAAGGAGGAUCACAACUACAGUGCCAGCAGCAUGGGUUCCCAGCGCUGCGCAUCUAGGUCCAGCGUGUCUUCCUUGUCCUCCCUUGACGAGGUGUAUGAAUUUAUCUCCAAGACCAGCCAUGAUGGAAGCGAUGGCAGCGAAGGAUUUCACAGUGAAGUGGAUACAGACGUUGACUAUGAAGAUGAUCCUCUUGGAGACAGUGGCUAUGCAUCACAACCUUGUGUAGAUACCUCUGAGGAAAGUCAGCCUAGCAACAAAGCACUCAAGGAGUUAUGUCAAGAAAUUGAUGAGGAGUUGAAAGAAGCAGCGGGGUCUCUGCUCCACCUCGCUGGCAUCCAAACGUGCUUGAGCUCCUUAAUAAGUACUGCAAAGACCCACUGUCACAAGCAAAGGAAAAAAUAGUAUGUUUGUCAGUGUUGAAUAUAUACAUAUAUUUUUUUUAAUUGUGGCAAUACUCUUCUACUUUUACCCUUCACAAGGGAGAUCAAAGCCAUAAGAGGACUCAUUGCUUUUUUAUUUUUGGCGCUAACUAUAAUUUAGCCAUUUAUUUUUAAAUCACUGCCUAAAAAGAAAAAAAAAUAUUUAAUCUUCUCAAAUUAGAAGAGAUGCAUGACUUGUGAAAACCUGAAAGCAUACUUCUUAAUGAUCACUGUUUAAUUUUUUUUUUCCUUUUUAAUAGUUGAUUAUUUUUUUUUUCCAGAGAUAUGUUUGUUCAGAUGCACAUUGUGGAUCAUAUUUACAUCUCUGCUGGCCCCAUCUGCAGAGGUGAAUUUUGCCCUAAGGGCUCUGACUUCCAUGUAAAGGAUUAAAAAGGAGGACAAAAAAAAAAAAAAAAAAAGCAGGGGUGGGGGCAGGUCCUGGCCUCAGUUGCCUCCUCCCACUCGUCCUCUCUUCCCUCUUCUGAGACAGGUCCCAGUGGAAACGCUGGGGAAGCGACUCCGAGUGGCUGCAGUUUUCAGCCCAUCUGACGCAGUGGCUGAAAACCCGUAGCGCUCCAGGAGCUGCUUUCAGCAAGAUGCCAAGUACCUCCUGGAAUAGUGGGGAUAAGGGGGAGCCGAGGGGGGUACCACCCGCAGUUUUCUUUUUUUUUUUUUUUUUUUUUUUCUCCUCUUUCCCCUAAAUCUGCUGUGUGCAGGUCAGAUACCUGAAGGCAAACAGGUUGGGUUUUUUUCAUCUUAAGACAAAUUGUCUCUUUUUUUGUGGGGGCGUGUGUCCUUUUCAUGCAGAUGCAUGCACACAUACAUACGCGCACCUUGGAUGUAGCCAACAGUGAAAGCUGCCACUUGCCAAGUUUGAUGUUGUCCUCGUGUUAUCACCGCUGUUGAAUAUGUAGUAGCUGUGUAGUCCUGCAACAUCUACCCUUCUGCUCCCCUGUACCGAUUCGGGGGGAAAAAAAGAGCCCAACAGUUGAUGGUGGUGACAACGUGGACGAGGUGGAGGCUUUAGGUGGCGAACAGCUGCUGAAAAGGGAACGUCUUACCCCCUAAACUGAGACAAAAUAGAAUAGCUGCCUUUUGGAUCGGUGAACCCUGAAUUGCUUUGGGGUUUUUUUGCCCCGUCCCCUCAAUGUUCGUUGUUUUUGUCACAUGGGCUGUCCUUACCUUUUGUUUCCCAGAUCACUGUGCCUUGUGCUGUGUGAACCCUAUCAGCCUGCUGCCGCAUAUGGGGCAUCUAACGGCUUUAGCCUUUGGAUGUACAUCAUAGCUCAGGAGGACCUCUCUGUUUCGGGAAGAAAUUCCUCCACAAUUCAUUUUUGCAAUAAGAGAAUCUCUUUAUAGUUCCCAGACAUCCUUCAGCCAAAAAUGUUUUAGUGGUAUGGUGAACUUUUUUCCUCUUUUUUUUUUUUCUUUCUUUUAAAAUCAGUGGUGAUUGCUUAUAGCUUCCUGUAGAUGAUGGCUUUUUUGUUUUUUUUUUUAAAUUUUCUGUUCAAAAAUGGGUAAGCAGUUCUGUUGGAGUGGGUUUUAACAGUACUGUAUGUAUAAGGAUGCCUUAAGUCUGUUGCAGAAUUGUAUACAACUAUCAAAGGUCAUCUUUCCCAUUUCUGAAAGGUAGCAUGAUGUGCCAUAAAUGUUUUCGCUAACACGUGAAGCUAUUGCUUCCAGCCGGUGUUGGGCAAGCUGGUUGAAAAUUAGGAGCAGAGCUACCUAGGAAGCCAGUGUCCACUGUUUUGGUUGUUGAAAACAGUGCUGGAUUCAGCCAAAAGUUAACCUUUCCCAAACGGGGUAUUUUUCUGGCUAUUUGGAGGCCUUUCUUAGAUCAGUGUGGUUGGGGGUUUUUGGUUUUUGUUUCUUUUUUUCUUAUUUGUCAGUCUCUUCGUGAAUACUGCCAUAAACUCUCUACUUUAAAUAUGAACACAGCCAUGCUGCUGAAGGUCUGUUGCUCUGAGGGCCUCUUCCAGUGCCUCUUGAAGACAACGGUGGUGCUCCCGCUGACUCAAUGGCUGUUGGAUCAAGCCUGAAAUAUUUGAGGUUCUUUGUGUUUUGGAAUUUAAAGCCAAUUAUGUUUUUUUUUUUAAAGCACAAACACUAGGAAAAAAGUGGUUUGGGUUUUUUUCCCAGUUUUUUUCCAGUACUUCAGUUUUUAAGAAUAUUUUUCUUCCCUUUCAAGAAAUAAAUCACUCCGCUGCAUUCCUGCUUUGUGUGAACACCCGUUAGCCUACACCCGUAACAGGGCAACAUGUGUGCAGAUGUGUAUGUCUUCUGGAUAUCACAAGUGGUGCAUUAGCCAAUUAGAUCUGAUAUCGUAUGUGUUACUGAUGGAUAGUAGGGGUAAAACUCGCUAUUUAAAGGAAAAUUAAGUACCAAUGCAGUGGUUCUUAGGAUUUUGAGAUGUGGAGAUGCGAAUGCUCGGUGAAACUGCUUUUUGCUCACGGGUUGCUUUUGUACCUUGCUGGAAAACUGCAAAGAAAGCUGCAGAGUUUGUGUCCAUGCGAAAAUGAGGAUUCAGCUACACAGAAGUGUUGUUAGCAGUCUGGGAUUUUGCUCGGUGCCAUGAUUUCAGUUGCACGCUGUUGAAGAGGGGUGCUGCCUGGCUCUCGCUGAUGGUGGUUGCAGCCUUUCUGUAGCUUCCAGUGGAAGCUGGAUCAAGGUCCAAGUAUUCUGGAAACUGCGGUCAUAGUCGGCUCCGUGGUUUGGUUUGGUUCUGAAUUAUUUUUUUGCCUCAGAUAAAAUUUGAGAAGGUUAAUACUUACUAGGAGUGUGGCUGUGCCGCUGUUAACCCUGAAGUUGGUGAUAAUGACUUCAGCAUUUCUGAAGGGGUGGGGUUGGGAUGCUAACGAUGCAUUUAAUUACCAUGUGCAACGAGCAAUAAAGCCAUACUAAUCAGAAGUUAGCGGUGAAAGCUGCAUCCAUCCUUACAGCUUUCAGCCUGGGAGAACUGGAAUUGUGGAAAGGGGGAAGCAAUUGCAGCCUUUCCCCAGGACACGGAGUGGUGCGGCAGGGCCAUGCUCGUCAAGCUUUGGUGGUUUCCCUCUCUCCUUCCGAAGGAGAAGGCAGCCGAUCUGGGCCCCUGACCUAUUCCACCACGUUGUUCCACGCCUCUGCCCGCGUGUUUUGGCAGGUAAAGGCCGCCAGCUCAGUUGCGGAGCACCCCUCUUGGUAGCGGGAGAAUAGCUGCCCUUCCUUUCGCUUACUUAUCUAGCAUUGGGUUUGGGUUUGUUUGCCACCUCAGUUAGAGACCCUGGUGUAUAUAGUAUAAAUGGAAUAUAAUUAAAAGUUAUUUUGAUUGUUGGUUUGUUUUUUUUUUUCUUUGUGACAUAUGUAAAAUGUUCAUGCCAAUGGUUGACUCGGAUAUAUUUUGGCAAGAAAAGUAUUAAUGAACCACAUUCAAUUCUUUAAAUACAGUGAAUGAGUGUAUGAGACUUAUGUACAAGGGAGGCUGCUCUGUUCAGGAUAAAACUAAUGUGAAUACUGUACGAACCUGUAUUGGCCUUUCAGGUUCCAAUACUAAAUUACUGCUUUUGUAAAAGUCACACACAUCAAACAUUUUCAAAUCCAACUGUAAAAUGGAAGUUGUAUGGUUUGCAACUUUUCAUCAGCCUGAAAAGUAAGUAGAAGCUUUGGUUUAAAGCAAAGUACGCUCAUACACGUUAGUAAUGGUGUAGUCAAAAUAUUUAUUGAAAAGAAAAGGUAGAAUAUUUUAAAUGUUGCACCUGCCAUUAUAUCUUAAAGCACAUUCUUCACACCUAACUGCCAGUGCCAUUAUCAAAGUCUGUUUUAUAAAUGUACAUUUCUUCAAACUAAAAAGUGCAUAAUUAAAAGUAUUAUGUUACUGCCAUAUAGUGAUAUAAAACAUUUUAUAAUUGCCAAUUCAUUGUAACUAUUAUUUAUUUAAAAGUGAAUUGUAAGAAUGCUUUCUGAUCAAAUGAACCAGAGUUGUUUUUAAACCGUACCCAUUAGCUUGUUUCUAAUGUAGCAUAAGCAAUGUCCUUGGGUUUGUUUAGAAUAAUUUUGCCAGUAGGUGACCAACUCUAACCCUUUUUCCUCCAGUUUAGUCCUUUACCCGUUUUAAAGACGAUUUACAGAAGUUUAGUUUUUUGUAUGCUAAUCUCUGUUAAUUAAAACGUUUAUAAAGUUUAUUUUUACCAAAGAGAUGCAAUUCAUUAUGACAAAAUAUUGCAGAAUAAACUUUGUUUUAUAACAUUUGUGACUUUUCUGCCCACAUUUUUCAUUCAGAUGAUCAAAGGGGCUUUUCUAAAAUAAACAGCAUUGCAAACAGAAA